GUGUUUUUCAGUGAUUUUAGAGUGUGUAGACAAAUUUGAAAUAUAUUGAAAAGAGUGAUGACACGUAAGUGCAUUUUGUGCGGACAAACAACAGCAACAGUAUCGUAUCAUGCAUUUCCAAAAGACGUCGUACUACGUGAAAAAUGGAAAGAAUUUUGCCAGUCUGCAAAUAUCGGGGAAGCUAAUUUUGUUUGCCAUACGAAUUAUUUGUGCUCUUCUCACUUUCUGGCAGAAGAUUAUCUUCACCCAGUCGGAAGUGUGAGAAACAAAUUGAAAAAGCAUGCUGUACCAAGCGUACAUCAUCCAAUAUUAGGAAGGAGAAAUUAUGCACAAAUUGUCGAUGCUGAUGAAGAUAAUUGUGUCUCAAAGCAUCCUAAAUUCGAUGACACAGGGGAAUCGGAGAAUGUAGAUGAAGAAUGUUCAAGUAUAAGAAGUGUUGCAAUACGAAAUAUGCCACUUGAUGAAAUUAAUGAUGUAGAAGGUGGUAAUGAGAUUCCUGCUAUGACACCACCAUCACAUAAAUAUUCUACAGCAGAGAGUGAUGAGAUUCCUUCUAUGACACCACCGUCACAUAGGUAUUCUGCUGCAGAGAGUGAUGUACGAUCAAACGUAUCUGCAUGUGGGAAUCUUGAAGACGAUACAAUAACUGGUACAGGUAUUUCUUGCAAGGCUGAUGGUCAAAAUAGUUUUUUUCAAGAACCACGUUAUGUCGGGGAUAUUAAGUCACCUCAUUUGGCUACGCCACGUAGAGCAAAACGGGCCGUCACAUUAGCAAAAAUCACAAUUGCAAGGCAAAAAUCAAAAAUUUUGAGCUUACAGCAGACCACAAGACGUUUAUGAAAACGUAUUACAACGUUGAAAGGUUUAGUACAGCAUUUGAAGAAUAAAAACUUCAUAACAGAAGAAGCAGCUGAUGAUUUAAUGGUAAGACUCACAAUCAAUUUCUGAAUAAAUUGGAACAAAUUGGCCAAACCCCCUGUUGUGUCCCAAUUUGAAUAAUAAUGUACAUUAUCUGCAUGAAAUUAAUUCCGGUCAAUAAACUGGUAGUUUGGAGUGAA